AUGGCGGAAAGAGAUACUCCAAGUAGGAAUACUCGAGGUAGUCCUCAUGCUUAUGAUGGUCCUAGUUUCUCUUUGGGAUUUUCACAACAACAACUUCCAAUUGCAGGAGAAUUUGCUAAAAUUGCUGCUGAGAGAAGAAGCAAGAAGAUUCAUGACCCAUCAAGGAUGCGUCAACUUCCUCCAACUGAAGUUCCAAAACGGAGCAAGCCAAAAGAUGAUGUACCAGUAAAAAAAAGUUCUAAAGUUGCUCAACAAAAUAAGAGAAAUGUUACCAAGCCUUCUUCAGACGUUAAGGGUAAAAAUGUUGUUAAAGAUGUAGAUCUGGAAGAGGAUGAACAGGAUCCUAAAUUCUAUGUUAGGAGUCAUCCUGAAGAGGCUCCAUCGAUGCAACGGUACACUAAUAUCGAGGUGUUCAAAGAUAUCAAGAGUAAGCUAACUGUUGCACAGUUAGAGAUCUUUUCCAAGACAAUAUUUGGGAAAUUCCUCGGAAUGCAGCACCUGGAGGUUCAAGCACAAAUUUUUAGGUGCUUCAUGGUAAGAGAGCUCAAGGAGAGCACUUCUGAUUGCUUUACAAUUGAUAUAAAUGGUACCGUAUUGAGAUUUACCAUGAGAGAAUUUUCCCUUAUGAGCGGGCUAAAUUGUGUAGCCGAUGAAGGUGAAUUUACAUACGAUGAGGAAAAAUCGAAUAGGAUUAUGGAUGAUUAUUUUGGUGGAACUAGGAGUAAAGUAAAAAGAUUGGAGUUCAUUGAUUGCUUUAAGAAUAAGUGUUGGGGAGAUAAUGAUGAGGACGCUGUUAAGUUUGCAAUUUUGUUUUUUAUAAAUACAUACAUCUUUUGCGGUGAGCCUAGGAAAACGAAUAUACCAAGGGUUCAUUUUGAAGUGGUUGAGGAUGGAAGGUAUGUAGAUUAUCCAUGGGGAAAAGAAGCUUUUAACGAGUUGAUUAGAAGCAUCAGCAAGAAGUAUUCUGCCACAACACAGUAUUAUAGGAUCCAUGGGAUGCCACUGGCUAUGCAAGUUUGGCUGUAUGAGUGUCGUUCAAGAGUUCCAUCGUAUCUCGCUAUUAAAUCCGGAAAUUCCAUUCCAAGAAUGUUGAAUUGGAGGUCCAUCGACAGUCAACCCAAAUAUAAUAUUUUGAUGGAAGACAUUUUUAGAGACGGCAAACAGUCGUGUUCAAAAUUGUUCAAAAUAGCUAUACAUGCAAAUACAAUCCCCACUAGCAGUGAGUUGGAGAGCCUCCAAUUGCCCGAUGUUGUUGUCUGUCGAGAUACAGUAGACAAAAAUGUCUUAGUUGAUGCCAAUGAAGGUACCCAAGUCACAGAUAUGCCAGUGGAUGACUUUGAUGAUUUCACUUCCACAUCUAAGAAACAACAAAUCCACACCGAACCACAGACAACUGUGAAGAAGAAUCACAAGGAUCAAAAGGUUGCUCAAAAACCUAUUUUACAGAAGUCUGCUUCACCAAAGUUGAAUGAACAAAUGAAUAGACCCCAAAACACCACAGUCCUAUGUGAUGUCCCUACUAGUUCCAUGAAAGAGGAAAUGCAAUUGCUAAGGAAAGAUUUUCAAGUUUUCAAGGAAUCAGUUGUUGGUGAGUUCAUAAGUGAGUUGUCCAAGCUUCGAACUUUCAUGGAUGACAACUUCAAGAAGCUAUUUGAAGCAAUCAAGGUGAACAAUUCUGCGGACAAGGGUGUUGGACCAAAGUUACAUGAGGAAGUUCCAGAAAUUGUAGUAACCGCCGGAAAUUUAAGAGCAGAUACACGUAAAGCUUCAUCUGAAGAGAUUAAUCGGGCGACGAAGGAUCUUUCAAUUCAACAGAGGUAA